UUUACAAGGUAACAUUUCUGAUUUGUUUAGUUUAACCCUUCAGUAACCCAAAGUAAGGUCAACCUUUGUCCACUUGUCUUUGUUGUUUAUUUCUAUUCAGAUAUACCUUGUGCUUUAUUCUUUGGUUCUUUAUACCUUUAUACUUUGAAAAUGUAUAAUAAAAAUGAUUGCGAUAAAACUACAAUAAAAGUGCAAGUAUCGGAUGCUUACCGAAUUAUUAUUAUCGACUGGUCGAAGAAUAUAAAGAAAGAAAUAUUCAGACAGCUGGCAGAAUUCACUGGAAUAUCAAUAGAAAAAACACAGUCUAUUUCAUUUUCGAAGCCACCUGUUGGAAACGAUGUUAAUCCUCCAAAUCCUUUUCUUCGUCCUACUGGUGACUUAGCAAUUUGCCAUUUUGAAAAAUCGUUCUCCAGACCUGCAGCCAUACCUCAAGGUUACUAUCUGUAUACAAAGGAAGAUUACAGAGAUAAAUUCUUUAGAGAUGGCGAUUGCUUUGCUCUCAAUACAAGAAUGUUUAUGACAUUCACUCUGGAUAAAUUCAACGUUCAAUAUAAUUUAGUGCAUCGAGAUUUGAUUGAUGAAACUGAUUGCAACCAGUUGUUUUGUCAUCAUAUAAGUAAAAAAGCUUUUUUGGAUAAACAAGCUAAAAUAAGUAAUUCAGAUAUUGAAUCUUAUCUAAGAAAUCAGCCUCGUCCAGUUCCUAUUGUUGAAGAUACCCUUGACGAAGAAUUCCAUGCUGCUAGGGUUAUUAGACAGAGGGAAAUCCAUGCGGAUUUGAAUAUUGGACAAUAUUUUCAUUCCUAUUGCAGGUUCUUUUCUGAUGGAAUGUUUCCUGUACCAAGCCCUCGUAUCUACUGGCCGAAUCGGGGUUAACUCAGAUCAUAACAGAUUUUUAUUGUUUUAAUAAACUUUGAUUUAACAUUUUGCAUCAAUGAGACUAAAAAUCUAUGUA